AUGGCAACGGGUCCUGUUCCAAAAAGUAAUAAACGAAAUGUAGGCUCUAGUCCUAGCCUUCAUCGUAACAAUGUUCCAACUCGUCUUGACAUCCCGUCCACCGCUCUUACUCCUUCUUCUUCAGCACCUUCAUCUCUUUCUCCACUUGUUGUUCCAGCUCAGGCUUCAAAUGGUCAGAUGUUAACUAACGAAAUUAAGAUUGCAAUUGGUGAAAGUGGAAGAAUAACACCACAACCCUCUGAAAGUGACACAGGUGGAUUCUUGAGAGAUGAUGUACUUCCAUCUGACGAUGAUUCUGCGAAACUCAACGCUGCGCAUUUGCAAGAUUUAGAAAAAAUAGGUGAAGGAUCUGGAGGUACGGUUACCAAAGUAUAUAAUAAGGUUACAAAAGUUUUAAUGGCCAAAAAGAAAAUCAACGUUGAUCCUAAUAUACAUAAACAACUUCUUCGUGAAAUCCGAUUCAUUAGUAAAUGUCAUUCACCAAAUAUCGUUACUUAUUAUGGAGCUUUUAUGGAAGAUGAUAAUUCUUCAAUUGCUAUCUUUAUGGAAUUUUGCGAGGGUGGAAGUUUAGAU